AUGAGUUUCUCCGGUGCUGCAGUUGGUUCAAAUUUAAGAAGAGCGGUGGAGUUUGGGAAAACUCAUGUGGUUAGGCCCAAAGGGAAACACCAAGCAACCAUUGUCUGGCUACAUGGCCUUGGCGACAAUGGCUCAAGCUGGUCCCAGAUUUUGGAGACCCUUCCCCUUCCAAAUAUCAAGUGGAUAUGCCCGACUGCUCCUUCUCAACCAAUAAGUUUGUUUGGUGGUUUUCCCUCCACAGCUUGGUUUGAUGUGGUGGACAUCAACGAAGAGGGACCUGAUGAUAUGGAAGGACUGGAUGUGGCUGCUGCACAUGUUGCAAAUCUGUUGUCAAACGAGCCUGCUGACAUUAAGUUAGGUGUUGGAGGGUUCAGCAUGGGUGCGGGGACAUCUCUAUAUUCUGCAACUUGUUUUGCUCUCGGUAAAUAUGGAAACGGCAAUCCUUACCCUAUCAAUUUAAGCACAGUCAUAGGCUUAAGCGGCUGGCUUCCUUGUGCAAAGACAUUGGCUGGCAAACUAGAAGACGAACAGGUGAAAAACCGAGCUGCAUCGUUGCCCAUUUUAGUUUGUCACGGAAAAGGUGAUGAUGUGGUACCGUUCAAGUUUGGGGAGAAAUCAUCACAGGCCUUGACUUCGAAUGGGUUUAAGAAGACGACCUUUAAAGCUUACACUGCACUUGGUCACUACACGAUCCCACAGGAGAUGAAUGAGAUGUGCGCGUGGUUGACAUCUACUCUCGCCCUCGAAGGUUGA